UCGACGGGAACUUUCACUGUUUUUGUUUCAGGUCUUAGCGAGUUGCGUCUGAAGUUUGCACAGACUCUGCGCCAGGAUGUUCUGUGGGCUUACUGUGCUGUGGAGUGCGUGACAUACUGGCAUGGUAGCAAAGAAGAAACCAGCAAGUUAUUUUUUGCUCUGGAGCACUUGAGGUGUAUACACUGUGCGGCGUUACAACACGGCCUGGCAGUCACGUUAUGGAAAAGAUAUUUCAAGGAGAAAAUAUCAGCGACAGUUAUGCUGAUGGAGAAGGUUGGCAAAGCACCCAAAGAUCGACUUUGCCGAAAGACCGUGGAUCUAAGUUUUACUGCACUGGAACAGUUCCUGAAAGCCACUGUACAACUUCUGGAAUUGAUAGUUGAGGUUGACUGGGUCGAUUCUGAGAUAAUCGACCUAGAAAUGGAGGAUUUCUGGCACGCUGGCGAAACAGGUGCAAAGUCCCUCAUUGAGGAGGCCCAGGAGCAGCCAAAGAGUAAUGGACCUCUGGUAAAGCUCCAUGCCAAGCUGGUCACUGUUCUGUGGAUAAUAAUGGGCCUGGACAUGAAAAGUGUUAAACCGCUGACGCUCUUCGAUACAACGAGUAAGGAUUCAUUCAUGAGGGAUUUCAGCUCCACCCGUCCAUUAGCGUCUGACGAUGUCGACAGGUCCAUUGUUGAAACAAGAGAAAAGUUCCUUACUCGUGCCCUGUCCUUCACGGUGAGCACUAUGUCGACCCAGUCCUCGCACAAAGUUCUCGGACGAGAGGACAGUGACAAUGAUAACCUGAGAACGAUGUCUGGCACAUCCUCUAAUGACUGGCCAGCGGUGAUUUACACGUUCGCGGAGCAGUUUGGGAUGGACAGUGAUCCGCUGAAGUGCCAUAUCGUGCGUGAAUUGUACUCCGCUGGCUUUGAUAACGUUGCAAAAGAGACCAUGUUCUCCGUUCACGACCAGCGGGCCCUGGGUUCACAGCUCCUAAGAAUUGUGGGACAGCGGCUUGCCUACGUCAUCCUGGAUGCUUCAGAGUCCUCUGAACGCGCCAAUCGCUUGUCACGCCUGCCAACGCAAAUCAGCAGCUGGAUCAAGUCACAAGACCCGUCUAGAUUGUCAUGUCGUAAGGUCCCUCUCUCGCACACUGUUGAUCUUCUGCGUGUAGUGCUAAGCCUGACACCGCAAGACUCGCCCGACUACUCUCUGACUUCAGGAUUGGCCGAGUCCAUCAAAUUCCUCCUCUAGACAUGAAGGAUAACAUUAUCCAGUCAGUUGGCUGUCGUGUUUGGCUAGCGUAGCUUCCGUACACAUCCUUGUGAAUUCGGCAACGAAGGUUACGUUUUCAGCAGAAUACAGGGUCCGAUGUAAUCCUUCGCCAGACUUGGAAAGAUGCGUUUCCAAAACCUGGAAUAGUUUCUCCACAAACUCAACAGUUCAGCAGCCUCACGCUUACAUUGCAAUCAAAUUCAACAUUGGAAAUGGCGUUGUAUCGUCAGGUUAAGCUAAUCAUAGGACCCAAGUGCGUCUGAAGUCCGGAUUCAAACACGCAAAUCAAGACCUCAGUUUUAGCCUGACGAAGACGAGGAAUCGUGCCAAACAUAUUCAUUUAGCACAGUUAUCUCACAAUAACUCCAAAAGGGGCACUAAAUUUCCUCGUAUUUUAAACGUUAUUCCAUUUUCGCUUUCCCACAGAGUACCUCACAGCUCAAGUUUCAAACUGCUUCCCACAUAGAGGUACUAACAAGUAUCGUUUGUUAUCGUUUAUAUCGCCGGGGGGAAGCUAGUUACUCUUGAAGGCCUUUUACGGGAGGCGAGGAGGACUGUUGUCGUAUUCCCGUCAUAUUUAGCUAGCUCACAUAAAAGAAAAGGUACAAAAGAGUUUUUAAUAUUUGUUUAAUAGUUACUACUAAAUUAGCUUGCAUAAGAACGACAACAGAAUACAAAUAUGCUGAACGAAUAAAGGCUCGAUUACCAGCCGCUGUUCGGGAA